GCUUGACACUGCGCGGUGAUUGUUAGCAGCCACGUCUCAAAGUCAGGUGCAUAGAUGUGGUGAGCACAGACAGCAGGGCGAACAGUUGCACGUAGCUGGUGUAGAUUCAUUUAACACUCCCUCAUGUUGUGGGCUGUGGCGGACAGCUCUGUUAGCAUGUUAGCUCCUGCUCCGCCGCGUCCUGUGGUGCCGCAAACAAACCGUGGUUAGCUAACGUCAAUGUGCAACUUCCUCCUUUUAUUGUACUCACUGCUGUGACCGACUGCUGGAUUUAUUUUUCAAUCCAAACUGAAGCGUUCACGUUCAUAGAGAGAGAUCCAGUCUUUAAAACAUUCCCAGCAGCCACUGAGAGUCUGAUCAGCUCCUGGACCAAUCAGAAGAUGGACUAACCUUUAAAAACCGUCAUCAGCUCGUCAUCUCCCCUCUUCUCACCCACCUGUUGGGCCCCCUGAGGGCCCUCAGGCACCAGGCGUGAUGCCCGGCAGCAGGCAGACUGCCAGGCACCCGCUGUGGCGCCUCCUGUCACCGUUCCGCACCCGACAGGAGCGGGUGGUGCUGGCCCGCAGCGAGAGCCUGCCCGGGGAGCAGGUACUGAAGAUCACAGUCACAGAGACCACGGUGAUCGAGGCAGAGUCCGGGGUUUGGAACUGGCGUUCCCUGGCCUACCUGGGUCUCUGGUACUUCUUCAGUUUCUGCACCCUGUUCCUCAACAAGUACAUUCUGUCACUGUUGGAGGGGGAGCCGAGCAUGCUGGGUGCUGUUCAGAUGCUCUCCACCACAGUCAUUGGCUGCCUAAAGAUGUUUGUCCCCUGCUGCCUGUACCAGCACAAGUCCAGAACCGAGUACCCUCCCAACUUCAUCAUGAUCAUGUUAUUUGUUGGACUCAUGAGGUUCACCACAGUCGUUCUGGGCUUGGUGAGCCUGAAGAAUGUGGCAGUGUCGUUUGCAGAGACAGUGAAGAGCUCAGCACCCAUCUUCACCGUCAUCAUGUCCAGACUGAUCCUCGGGGAGUACACAGGGCUCUGGGUGAACCUGUCCUUGUUCCCUGUCAUGGCCGGCCUGGCGCUCUGCACAGCCACGGAGAUCAGCUUCAACAUGCUCGGCUUCUCCGCUGCUCUCUCCACCAACAUCAUGGACUGUUUGCAGAAUGUAUUCUCCAAAAAACUGCUAAGUGGAGACACAUACAAGUUCAGCCCUCCAGAGCUGCAGUUCUAUACCAGUGCAGCCGCAGUCAUCAUGCUUAUACCUGCCUGGGUGUUCCUCUUGGACAUUCCAGUGAUUGGGAAAAGCGGUCGGAGCUUCAUCUUCAGUCAAGACAUUGUCUUGCUGCUGCUUUUCGACGGCGGCCUGUUCCACCUGCAGAGUGUCACCGCCUAUGCUCUGAUGGGACGGAUUUCACCUGUUACCUUUAGUGUUGCCAGUACUGUCAAGCAUGCCCUGUCAGUGUGGCUGAGCAUCAUCGUGUUCAGUAACCACAUCACCAUCCUCAGCGCCGUCGGCACUGCCCUCGUGUUCAUCGGCGUCUUCCUGUACAACAAGGCCAGGCAGAUCCAGAGGGAAACCUUACAGGCCAUGGCUGCUGAGCAGAACCACAAACCACUCCUCCAGGACCAGGACUUCCAAGCUUCUCAGUCUCACUGAGAGCUCAGCACUUCAGACCAACGCACUGCUUGAAAUGGGAUCAAGGUAUUAAGAGAAUUCAGUUCUGUGGCUGUCUGGAUGAAAUGACUGGAUAUUAGUUUGUUCUCCAUCAUGUACACAUUCCAGUUAAAGAGGAUCCAGUCAUGUUGUUUUUCCAGGUUCUCCUCAGUGUCUCUGUCAUGUCUUAGAGCUUAAAACAAACUGUUGGAACUGGCUUGGUAAAAAGGUCACUGUGUGUUAGACCAAGCCGUCCUCAGUCCUGUGGAACAAUAUAUACAGUAUUUCUUUCCUGUCCUGGUGAUCUUACUCACACUUUAAACAUCCCUGAUCCUUGGCUUUGUCUAAUAUUGGUCAGUAAAGUGGAAGCUCAGGGUGUCCUUCAGCUCUCUGAAGGAGGUGACUUCUGUAAGCUUUUUGUCUUACAUUCCAGAGUGUGCCGGUUUAUCUCUCAUCUGUGGUACAGCAGCUGCUGAAUGUACGCUAUUGUGAAUAUCUGUAGAGCAUUGAAGCUGUAAGAUUUCAGUUUGUCAUGGUGUAACCUACACUGUUUGAUACAAUGUAAAAAUGUCUCUUGAUUGCAUCUGAAUUUAAGAUGUGAAGAGGGCACAAGUGCCUGAGAUGUGAGGCUUUUUGGAGGCUUGUCCAGCCAAAGCUUAGACUUAGCUGUUUGACACAUGUUAAAUAAAUGUGUGGAACAUUUGAAAGCCACAUAAUGCAUUCUGGGAAUGCUCAUCAUCUAUCAUGAACGGUUGUGGGUGUGUGUAGGGACUUUUUUUUUAAAAACCUGUGUUUUCGUUUUUCUUUGUAAACUGAUCCCUCCCCAGUGCAUGCUGGGAUAGCAGCCCUGAUCAGGAAAGGGAGUUUAGAGAAUGAACUGAAUCUUCAAGAAAAAAGGUUUCUUACAAGCUGGGUUUGUUUUUGUAGCUCAGCACAUUGGCCCGGUAAAAUAAGACACACAAACUGUUUAUUCUAAUGAUCCAUCACUGCUGGUUCAACUUUGACCCACUGUAUUCACUGUAGUUGUUUGAACUUUCUUGUUGUGCAAUGAGGGAUCAUUAGUGAUAGUACAGAUAUGCUCACAUUUAGUUUUACCUCCAAAUAAAGUGGUAAAUCAUGGUUUGUUCUUUAGUCAUCUGAUUAAUUGAUCGUCCUGUUGGAUCUAUUCUAGUAGUGUCACCGUUAUUCACAGUGCUUCCCCUUCUGUCCUCACUGAGCCUCAGUUCAGUUUCUGUGGUGAACGUGAGCUUCUUCCACAGACGUCUUUCUUCCAUGGAAACUCUUCAGUGCCACUUUGCCAGUUUUGCCAAAAACAGCUGCACGGUGCCAGUAGUCUAACAUACAGGAGCCUUACUGUCCGCUCACUGCUUGUAGUCUCCCAUGCUGCUCCUGUGUGAGUGUACAGAUGUCUUUCCCAAUUUUUCAGAGGUCAGGUACUAACAGAGUCCAUCAGGUGUCUGAUAGGACAAACCUAUGUUAAUCAUUGUCAGAUAGCUGUGUGGUGUUUUUGUUUUUCAAAGCAUUUUGUUAAUGCUCUGUUUGCUUUACUUUUUGUGCCUCAACGAAAGUUGUUGUUUUUUUUAAUUUUCUCACCUGUGUUUUGCCUACACUCAGACACUACACAUUUGAUCAUAAAGUUUGUCUGACUUGAAUUAUUAUUAUUAUUUUUUUUUACAUAACAAACAUGUUCAUUCUACUUGUCUGUUUCCUGUUUUUGUCUGAGGAGUUGGUUCUCUGUAAAGCGUCUCUAAAACUCCAGGAAUGAGCUUUGCUUUGUUUGAAUAUGUCUUUUUACACUAAUCUUCCAUAGUAAGUAAUGGAGGCGCUGCCUCAAGAGGCAGAUUUUCUGUGUAUUUGUACUGUAUCAUCAAAGGUUCACAUGUGGAAGGUGUAGAGGACAGAGCGCUUAUGAACUGUAUGUUUGGGAACGUGCAAAUCAUAGAUGUAAAAAAUAUUCUGUGAUGUAAAUGUAUUUUCUCUUCA